AGGGGCGCUAGGGCGGGGUCCGCCCAUUGUUCAUCCGGGUACGGAGCGCAUUCCUUCCCUCACUUCUUCGUUGUGCGGGCGGCCGUUAGGAUCCAGUCUUUCCAACUCCGAGAGAGACCUGGUGCCUCUACCCAGGCUUCUGUUGCUCUGUCACCUGCGCCGUGCCCUGCUGUAGUCUCAGAAGCUGUAGAGAGGACUCUGGGACAUCAGAAAACUGGGAAAUGGACCCAGUGGCCUUUGAGGAUGUGGCUGUGAACUUCACCCAGGAGGAGUGGGCUUUGCUGGAUAUUUCCCAGAAGAAUCUCUACAGGGAAGUGAUGCUGGAAACUUUCAGGAACCUGAUUUCUUUAGGAAGAAAGUGGAAAGACAAGAGCAUUGAAGAUGAGUGCCAAAACCCUAGGAGAAACUUAAGGAGUCUUAUAGAAGAGAAAGUCAAUGAAAUUAAAGAAGACAGUCAUUGUGAAGAAACUUUUACCGAGGUUCCAGAUGACAGGCUGAACUUCCAGAAGAAGAAAACUUCUCCUGAAGUAAAAUCAUGUGAAAGCUUUGUGUGUGGAGGAGUUGGCAUAGGUAACUCAUCGUUUAGUAUGAACAUCAGCGGUGACUUUGGACAGAAGCCAUAUAAGUGUCAACAACCUAGGAAAACCUUCAGAUAUUGCCCUUCCUUUAGAACACAAGAAAGGGAUCACACUGGAGAGAAACUCUUUGCUUAUAAAGAAUGUGGAGAAACCUCUAUUUCCCAUUCAAGCAUUCGAAGACACAUGGUAAUGCACAGUGGGGAUGAACCUUAUAAAUGUAAGUUUUGUGGGAAAGCCUUCUGUCAUCUCAGUUUAUAUCUUUUGCAUGAAAGAAUCCACACUGGAGAGAAACCAUAUGAGUGUAAACAAUGUGGUAAAUCCUUUAGUUAUUCUGCUACCCUUCGAAUACAUGAAAGAACUCACACUGGAGAAAAGCCUUAUGAAUGUCAGGAAUGUGGGAAAGCAUUCUUUAGUUCCAGUUCCUUUCAAGCACAUGAAAGAACCCACACUGGGGCGAAGCCAUAUGAAUGUAAACAAUGUGGCAAAUCUUUCAGUUGGUUUCGUUCCUUUCAAAUACAUGAAAGAACUCACACUGGGGAGAAGCCCUAUGAAUGUAACAAAUGUGAUAAAGCAUUCCAUAAUCCCAGAUCCUUUCGUAGACAUGAAAUGAGUCACACGGGAGAGAAGCCUUAUCAAUGUAAGCAAUGUGGAAAAGCAUUCACAUGUUCCAGUUCUGUUCGUAGACAUGAAAGGACCCACUCUGGGAAAAAACCCUAUGAAUGUAAGCAGUGUGGGAAAGCAUUCUCCUAUCUUACAAGUUUUCAAACACACAUGAGAAUGCACUCUGGAGAAAGACCUUAUAAAUGUAAGAUAUGUGGGAAAGGCUUUUAUUCUGCCAGUUCGUUUCAAAUGCAUGAAAACACUCACACAGGAAAGAAACCCUAUAAAUGCAAGCAAUGUGGUAAAGCCUUCAGUUAUCCUACUUCCUUUCGAUAUCAUGUUAGGACUCACACUGGAGAGAAACCUUAUGAGUGUAAGCAAUGCAGUAAAGCCUUCAGUUGUUCCAGUUCCUUUCGAAAUCAUGAAAGAAUUCACACUGGAGAGAAACCCUAUGAAUGUAAGCAAUGUGGGAAAGCCUUGGGAUCUGUCAAAAGCCUUCAAAUUCAUGAAAGGACACACACUGGAGAGAAACCCUAUGAAUGUAAGCAAUGUGGUAAAGGCUUCAAUUGUUCCAGUUCCUUUCGAAAACAUGAAAGGACCCACACUGGAGAGAAACCCUAUGAAUGUAAGCAAUGCGGGAAAGCCUUGGGAUCUGUCAAAAGCCUUCGAAUUCAUGAAAGGAGACACACUGGAGAGAAACCCUAUGAAUGUAAGGAAUGUGGAAAAGCGUUCAGUGAUUUCUCUUAUUUUAAAAUACAUGAAAGGAUGCACACAGGAGAGAAGCCUUAUGAAUGUAAGCAUUGUGGGAAAGCAUUCAGAUCUGCUAAGUUCCUUCAAAUACAUGCAAGAACACACACUGGAGAGAAGCCUUGUGAAUGUAAGGAAUGCGGAAAAGCAUUUGCUUCUUUUUCUUCCCUGUAUAUACACAAAAGGACUCAUACUGGAGAGAAGCCAUAUAAAUGUAAGGAUUGUGGGAAAGCAUUCAGCUUACCUACUUCCUUUCAUAGACAUGAAAAGACUCAUGCUGGAAGCAAACCCUAUGAAUGCAAACUAUGUGGCAAAGCUUUCAGUUCUUUCAGUUCUUUUCAAUAUCAUGAAAGGACUCACACUGGGGAGAAACCCUAUCAAUGUAAGCAAUGUGGGAAAGCCUUUAUUUCUUCGGCUUCUUUUCAGUAUCAUGAAAGGACUCACACAGGAGAGAAACCCUAUGAGUGUACGCAAUGUGGAAAAGCCUUUGUUUCUUCUAGUUCCCUUCAUAGACAUGAAAAGACUCAUGCUGGAAGGAAACCCUAUGAAUGCAAGCAGUGUGGCAAAAGUUUCACUUCUUCCAGAUCUUUUCAACAUCAUGAAAGGACUCACACUGGGGAGAAACCCUAUCAAUGUAAGCAGUGUGGGAAAGCCUUCAUUUCUUCCACUUCUUUUCGAUGUCAUGAAAGGACUCACACAGGAGAGAAACCCUAUGAGUGUACGCAAUGUGGAAAAGCCUUCAUUUCUUCUAGUUCCCUCCAUAAACAUAAAAAGACUCACGGUGGAAGGAAACCAUAUGAAUGCAAGCAAUGUGGCAAAGGUUUCGCUUCUUCCAGUUCUUUUCAAUAUCAUGAAAGGACUCACACUGGGGAGAAACCCUAUCAAUGUAAGCAAUGUGGGAAAGCUUUCAGAUCUGCCUCACAACUUCAAACACAUGGAAGGAUUCACACUCGAUACUCUCAAGAGAAAUCAUAUAAAUGUAUAAAUGUAUGGGAAAGCCUUCCGAUCUGCCAAGAUUCUUUGAAUACAGACAAUGAACAUAAACAAUUAACUGUUUAUAAUUACUAUAUACUAACAAAUGUUAUUCUUUUUAAUUAAGAAGUUAUAACAAAAUACCCUGUUGCUGUCAUGUACUAGAUCAAGUUUAUAAUGUUUCCAUGUUAUUAUUUGGACAUUUUGAGUCAUUUCUACCAUGUGGAUAAAAUGCCAGGCAUCUUUUUCCUCAUGGAAAUUUUACUUUUCAUGCUUAUGUACUUAAAUUUUUAUCUCUACCCUAAUUAUUCAUUCACAAUACCAAAAGUUAUCUCAUGUACCUCGAGUGCCUUCUUCCCCAAAACCACCAGUGCCAUACCUGUUUUCACCAAGGGUGCAAUACAGCAUAGUGAUAAAUAUGACCAAAAGCCAUAAAUUACUAUGUGACAUAUAAGAUUUAUAAGUUAGUCACAUUAGUAAGAAGAGAAAAAUUUUAGUUAUAUUUAUGAUUUGAAAUAUGUU